UCUCUUCAAUCUACAUCACAAAAAACCACAAAUAUCAUCCACCAUUACACGUCCCCAACAUAAAUUACACUAUCCCACCUCUCUCUCUCCUCCCAACUUUCCUCAAAAGCUUUUCAACAUCACAUAGAAAACUGUUUUAGAAAUGGCCCAUGCUAUGGCUUCAAUGGCAGGCUUACUUGGCUCCUCUCAGGCUGUCUUGGAAGGCAGCCUCCAACUCAGUGGCUCGACAACCCGCCUGACCACCGCCAGCAGCGGCAGAAUUGCCACCUCCCGACCGGGGUUCACUGUUAGAGCCCAGCAAGGUUCAUCUGAGAUUGAAACCAGCCGCCGAGCUGUAUUGGGCCUUGUUGCUGCUGGCCUGGCCUCCGGGUCUUUUGUCCAGGCCGUACUGGCUGCUGAAGCCAAGCCCAUCAAGAUUGGACCGCCCCCUCCACCCUCUGGUGGACUGCCUGGAACUUUAAACUCAGAUGAGCCAAGAGACCUUGAUCUAGCACUGAAAAAUCGUUUCUUCAUUCAACCACUGUCACCGGCCGAGGCAGCAGCGAGGGCAAAGGAGUCUGCCAAGGAAAUUUUUGGUGUGAAGACGUUCAUAGACAAGAAAGCUUGGCCAUACGUCCAGAAUGACCUCAGGCUGAGGGCAGAGUACCUCCGGUAUGACCUCAACACCGUCAUCGCCGCCAAGCCGAAAGAGCAAAAGCAACCUCUGAAAGAACUCACCGGAAAGCUCUUCCAGGACAUCAGCAAUCUGGACCAUGCUGCAAAGAUUAAGAGCACCCCUGAAGCAGAGAAGUACUAUGCAGCAACUGUAUCAUCACUGAAGGACGUUCUAGCCCAGCUCGGUUAGAACGAAUCAUGUAUCUUGGUGUAUGCUUUGCCCUUCUUAUAACAAGACACUUCAAUUUGUCCCAUGAAAUUUUGAAGUUACAAUGAAGUUUCUUUUAGGCCCAAGUGCAUAUAUGAUGAGGGGUCUCGUGUACUGGAUAUUAAGAAUAGCGUAUUGCGUUCGACCAUUUAAGUACUAGACAUUAAAAAAUAGUGGUAGUGGAGACUCAUGCACUAAGCUGCCUUUUUACGCUACAAAUUAGACAGUUUACACAAAAGCUAUGGUGUUUCACAUAAAAACUGAGAAACAGUUUGAUUGUUACUGUCAAUGACUCACCAACGGUUUCCAGAUGCAAUUACAAGGAUUGUUGUUUAGCUCAAAGGGGCCAGAAAAUCUUGUUUAAGGGAAGCCUCUUUAACCUCCAUCUGGAAUUUGAUAGAAGAAGACCCCUCAAAAACUCACCUCAUCUAGCAGCGCUACAGCUCAAUGCUUUCAGUUUCAAACGUUU